AUGAAAGAAGCUGCCGAAGAAGAAAUUCUUCAUGCGAAGGAAAUUGGAGCCAUCGAUCAAGAUGGGUGUGCUCUAGUUCCCGUUGAGCUCACACUGGGAGUCCUGUAUCUGGGAGGCAGAAAUAAAUUUUGUAUGAUUUGUUCUCGUCAAAAAGAACGUUCUCCCACUGAUCAUGUUUGUACAAAAAAUCAUAUUGGCAGUUCCGGUAGUAUGGAGUCGCAAAUUAUUUUACAAGGAUUUAAAACCAGUGUCGAGAUGUACAACAUCAAAUACAACACGCUAAUUGGAGACGGAGAUAGUAGUACCUACAAGAAAAUCAUCGAGGGACGCCCAUACAACAAUUUGACUGUUGAAAAAAUUGAAUGCCGAAAUCACCUUUUACGCAAUCUACGUGGAAAACUCAAAAGCCUUGUGGGUGACAGAAAGUUUCCUUUACAAAAUAGGAAACUGCUGGAAGGGAAAAUCAUGCGGCUGUCCACAGGAAUAAGAGCGGCAAUAACAUACAGGAAAAAAGAAGCGGAUAAGGUUUCAGCGGCUGGAAGGUUACGGCAGGAUAUUUUGAAUUGCGCCCAGCAUGUGUUUGGAGAACACAAAGAUUGUGCAAAUUAUUUCUGCCAACGAAAAACGGAUACAAACACAUGGGACACAAUUUCCACUGAAUUAAAGGGACAAAUUCAACAUAUUUUGCGCACUCUGGCAAGUCACUCCAGAAGCUUGCUAUGCGAUGUUGAUAAUAAUGUGGUGGAGGGAUUUAACUCCAUAGUAGCAAAAUUCAUUGGUGGAAAAAGAAUAAAUUACAGCUUGUCACAAUCAUACGAAACAAGAUGUAUGGCAGCUGUAGUUUCUUUCAACAGCAAACAUGCCCACAUGUAUCUUGGAAGAAUUUCGAAAAGGUCUCGCAAUCGUUUACUAGAAACCAUGGAAAUUCGAAGGCGUAGGAAAGCAAUGAGAACGUGGGAAAUGGCUAGAAAAAAAGGAAGAAAAGUGCAAGCGACAAACGAUAAAGGAAAUGCUGAUUAUGGAGAAAAUUGCGAAAAACCGGAUAUGACUCCUGAAAUUUUCGAAGAGAACAAAAAGGCGUUUCUUCAAGGAUUAGAAAAAACAGAUGCCGAAAGAGUUCAGCUGCAAGAGUCCACAAGGCUUCAAGCUGGCUCCGGACAAUGGCUCGAAGAACGCAGAAAGUUGCUUACUGCUUCCAAUUUUGGGAGAGUUUAUAAAAUGAAUGCUACCACAAGUCCUGCCAAUGCAAUUAAGAGUUUGUUGUAUCAAAUAAAAACUUUAAAUGUGCCGUCCAUCAACCACGGAAAGGUUAAUGAGGAAAAAGCGAGGCUCCAGCUAAUGCAGCAAGAAAAUGUAACAAUUGUGAGCUGUGGUCUCUUUGUCAACAAAAAGUGGAAUUUUUUGGGUGCUUCACCAGACGGUCUAAUUCUGGAUUCGGACUCCAUUGUAGAGAUUAAGUGUCCAUAUUCCGCGUUCCAGAAAAAAAUGUCAUUUGAGGAGGCAGUUAUUUAAAAAAAAAUAACUUUUUGGAAACAAGAAGCGGCGACAAGAAUUCUUAAAAUCAAUAAAAAUCACGUUUGGUAUUACCAAAUUCAAGGGCAGCUCCAAAUAACUGACAAAGAGUCCUGCCUCUUAGGUGUUUGGUUAGGAGAUAAUUAUCCUUUAAAAACACAAUGGGUAAUGAAAGAUAAUGAGUUUUGGGAAGAAAAAAUGUUACCAAAACUUCAAAGGUUUUACUUCCAUUCCUUGUUACCAGAAUUGGUUGAUCCACGACACAUCAGAAAUAUGCCCAUACGUGAUAAUAAAUAGGUAAGCAUUUUUUAUAUAUGGAACAUUUUUUCCGGCUCUUAUUUUUUAGGUCUAUUCUUUAUCCAUGACGGCAGGACUAGUUUAUUGUCUAAUUUUUAUUUUUAGCUUUUAGUACAUAGUUAGGUAUGUUGUAAAUAGCUAGUUUCUUGUAAAUAUUGAAAUUUCUGUUAAUUAAUUAAUUUUUACUACCAUUUUUCAUUGUAAAUAUAUGAAAGUCUAAAUUUUUCAUUUAUUGUCAUUUUUUAAUUUUUAACAUAUAGAUACAUAGUUUUUAGGUUUUUGUAAA